AUGUCUCACAAACCCAACAACAAGACUCCCGAGAAUCCGAACGCGGAUCCGACAUGGAAAGAUAGAGUGCGCGCAGCUGGCCGAACAUUCGUCUUGGGCGUUGCAGACACUCAGACUAUCUUCGUCGGAGCUUUCCUUCUCGGCUUUGCUGGCCGAAGCAAGUGUAAGCUGACAAGCUAUCACUUUACGGUCGCCGUCAGUCAGAUGAUGAUCGCUUUGUCUGUUCUCACCUUCUCCAUCGCGCUGGUGCGAACCUAUUGGCGAAAUCCACUUGCAGCCGCUUUUCGACUGUUGCUUUCCGUCGGAGCCUUCAUCGGUGUCGGAUUGACCAUCUUCAGGGAAGCCAACUAUGCUCCGUAUGGCGCACUCAAACAUUCGAGCAGAGACAGCGCUAUCCUGCUCCCAGUAGCAUGUAUGCUAGAAAUGGACCUGCGAUCGGCAGCAGAAGAGCAAGCGCGUCAGAACAAAGCCAAUCUUGGUUUCGGAAACGCAACAGCCUGGCCACCCGAAAGAUUCAUGUACAUCGUCCUCGGCGUCGCUUUCCUCGCCGCCCACAUCUCAGUCCCCAUCCGCUUCGCCGAAUCCAGAGACCGCGCACCGAAGGUAUGGACGGAGAAGCGGGCAUUCGUCACCUUGAUCUACUGGAUCUUGGUGUUGCUCACACCCAUCGUAACGUCAACGUUCUGCUGGUUCCGCGUGUACACAAUGCGCGAGUGGGUCGCUGGUUCAGGGUGGAUGGAGAAUCCGAAUACGGAGAUGAUAGUGUGGGACUCGGGGCAGUUGAUUGCUAUGGGAGUGCUUAUUACGGUAAUGAUGAACGUGCUUACUGAGGCGAAGGAAAGGGAGAAGAAGGACGCGAAGAAGAGGAAUGACGGAAUGGAUGGAGAGGCGGGAAUGGAGUUGCUGCCGACUGCGUAUCGUGGGUAUGAGUAUUAG